UAUAUAUAUAGGGAUCGAUGCAGGCCUUGUUCAUAAUGUGUAUAACAAACUUUGAAGCUCAGUAAUAUAUUGCCUUUGGAAGGUUUUUGCAGGCCAGCGGCGCAGUGCAACUGCAAGGCAGAGCACAGCUAGCAAGGCAAAUGGUGGAUCAGCAAGACCGAUCUGGGGAUUCCUCUGUUAUAGAGAUGGCAUCACUGGCCCAAGAACUGACAGGCAAACUGGAGACCCUCAAGUCCUCGCAGGCGCAGCUCGGCGACGACCGUGUUCCCAGAGGCAGCACUCGCAUCAUCGUCGCCAAGGUUCCCGACUCCGUACGCGGAGCAGACAAGGUAGAGUAUGAGCACGAUUACGUCUCCAUCGGCCCCUACAACUGCCCUCGCCCACAGAGCAACAACCUGCACCUUCCGAGGGAGCAAGACAAGCUGAGCAGCCUCGACGACGUGCUCACGGCUGCGAUGGCCGUCAGACCCAGCAUCACGGUGGAGGUCUACGUUGAGGAGCUGGCGCGCCUGGAGCCCUUUGCGCGGAGCUGCUACGGCCCCGUGGACUACCUGACGAGCCAGGAAUUCGUGCGCAUGCUGCUGCUUGACGGCUGCUACAUACUCUCCUGCUUCACCGGCAUCGCUGCACCUGCUGCACGGAACGACGAGCCAGCAGCAACGGAGAAUGGCGGCGUCCCGGGGCCGGCUGCGGACUCCACGGUGGCACGUGGCGGCGUCGGCAUGCUUGAUGACCUGUCGCUGGUACGCGACGUGUUCUACCUGGCGGAGAACCAGAUACCGUUCGCGGUCCUCGAGAAGAUCGCGGAGCUAACCUGUGUGGACGGCAACAAGGCUGCUGCCACGGUUGAAGGGAUCGUGGAGUACGCCCUUAAGCUAUUGAAGGCAUACGCCGUGCAGGAAGCGCCCGCGCCGGCACCGACGGCGGCGCCAGGGAAUCUUCUGCAUCUUCUCCACAUGCACCUGAAGCCCACCGUGCUCUCGCCACCGGCCGCGAUGGAGGUCGCGUCCGUGGGCCGGUGGCGCACCGCUACAGAGUACGUCUCCGCUGGCGUGACGUUCAAGAAGCGUAACAUGGGCGUGCAUAACGAGGACGCGCGCUGCAUCCUGGACGUGAAGCUGUCCGGAAGCACGCUGGAGAUUCCUUGCCUGGACAUCGACGGGAAGACGUGGCGGUUCCUGCGCAACCUGAUACAGCUGGAGCAGCAGAACCGGGAGACGGUCGGGACGCACGUCACGGCGUACUGCGUGUUCAUGUCGCAGGUGGCGUGCACAGAGAAGGACGUGGAGCUGCUGUCCAAGGCCAAGGCGGGCGUCAUCGGCCACGGCCAGGGAACCGACGCCGAGGUCGCCGCGUGCUUCGCGGAUCUCUGCAAGGGGAUCAUGUUCGACCCCGACGACUCUGAUGGGAACUACCUCGAGGAGAUUUGGCAGGUGCUGGAGAAGCGGGUCAAGAGCAACCCCAGGCGCUGGAUGGCGUGGCUCUGGCGGGAGCAUUUCCGCAACCCCUGUCUCGCGCUGGGGCUGCUGGCGGCUGCCGUUGCGCUCGUUUGCGGGGUCGUCCAAGCGGUCUACUCUGUUUUGACUUACAGACAAGGAUUCGACCUCCACUAGAAAUCUAGCUACCGCUCGUGUUUCUGUGUACACUAACAGAGUGGGGUGCGCAUCUGUGCAGGCAAAGCUUUUGAUGUUUCAUAAAUAUUUUGAAAAUAAAUUAUGCUUAAUAUACCAUUCAAACAUUA